AUGAUUUGCAUUGACCUUGUGAAUGUAGAAGCUGCGACGAUCCCACUCGCGGCUUUCACUGCCUCUGUCGCACUGUUCCGCAAUCUCCAACUUCCUACUUCUUGGAAUCCUGCAACCAAACCUACACCUUUGCUUGCACGCAACAGCAACAUUCAACCAAUCAUCGCAAUCGCUGGAAAGGGCACCGACUACGUCAAAACCAUUGUUGAUACCACCAAAGGCGAUGCAAUCUUCGACUACAGAGAUGGUGCGGACGAGAUGAUAAGCAAGAUCAAGAAGCACCUUGAGGCUGGGAACUACGGCCCAGUGCUUCAUGGACUGGACCCAGUCAUUGGAAAAUCGAGUCAGAAGGUUCUGAAUGAGAUCGUCACGCCUGAGGGCGCAAUUAAUCUUGUCAUGCCGAGCGACGCAGAGAUAACGUCUGCCACCAAGACCAUCACUUCGGUCGGCGUGGUACACAAUACUGACAACGGGUCUCAUGGAGCAGACGCUCGUGAUUUGGGAUUGGUGACAGCUCGCUGGCUCACGAAGGCUAUGCAAGCGGGAACUUCCAAAGGCCGUCCUUUUGAGGUCCGGCCUGGAGGUCUGCACGCAGUAGACCAGGCAUUAAAAGACUUGAAGGAUGGAAAGAACAGUGCUACGAAGUAUGUUUUUCGCAUUGAAGAUACGCCUGCUUCAUGA